AUGUCUGACGUGGUAUUCCAGCCAACGGAUAUUGUCCUCGCCAAAGUUAAGGGGUUUUCGGCGUGGCCGGCAAUGAUCAUCCCUGGUGAACUCAUACCGGAGAACAUCCUCAAGAACAAACCAAUGGGUGUGUACAAAGGUAAGUCAGCCGAUGGGAAAGGAGCUGAAGCUGAAAAUCAAGAACAAAGCAAUGGUGAAGACGAAGAAGCAGCAGAAGAAGAAGAAGAAGAAGAUGAUGUUUUCGCUGACAGCGACGCUAAUCCUGAAAAUUUUAUAAUAUACACUCCAGUUCUGAAGUUUCGUAAACAUGAUACGUUGAAACCAGUCUAUUGUGUAAAGUUUUUUUGCGAUGACUCGUACAUCUGGGUGAAACCUACAGAUAUGAAAAUUUUAACUGGUGAAGAAUGUCGCCAAUGGCUAAAUGGCAAACAGCGGAAGAAUAAAAAACUAAUACCGGCCUAUGAAAUGGCUAUGAAGGGCAAGGAUGGAAUUGACAUUUGGGAAUUCGUGGAAUACGGAUCUUACGGUAAGCCAGAUGAAGAGGAAUACGUAGAGGAGGACGAAGAGCAGCAAAAAAGAACGGCGAAGAGGCCCACCAGAUCUUCUAGUAGGCAACGUCAAAAGCGUGUUUUUGAGACAGACAAAAGUGAAGAGGGCGAGCCUGUAAAAAGGAAGAGAGUCACUAGAUCAACUCGACAACAAAGGGUAGAUGAAGAGGAAGAAGAAGAGGAAGAAGGACAAGAAGAGCAGGAGCCGGAGGGUGAAGAAGAAGAGUUUGUUAGGAAGAGGCCCCAAAGAGGCAAACCUAGGAAGGCUGUGGCAACGAAGACUAAACUAAAGCCCAAGUCGAAGCCAAAGAAGGAGAAACCUAGCCCUCCCAAAGUAAUUAAGUAUCAUUUUGAGGAUGAUGAGGAUUGGAGUAUAGUUGGACUUGGUCCACAGGAUCUAUCAAUUGAAAAAACAAUGGAUCCGAUCGCAAAAAAACUGUCACAAAAGAAAAACCUGGAAAGGCAUGUAGAAAUUAAGCUGGAUCUGGAAGAUAAACUUGCAGGCAUCAACAAACUAUUAUGCGAUGUCUUAUGUUCAGGUGUCAACCGAACAGUUUCCAUAAAGGAUGAUUUUGAAAUAAUAUUAGAUGAAUUACAAAUUGCACUUAACACAAGAGGAUCCAAAAAUGAAUUCAUAACAAUUUUCCAAUCAAAUAAUUCCCUCCUGUUAUACUUUAGAAUACUGUUUAACUUGAGGAGAAAGGAAUUGAAUAAAUGGGGUUUAUGGGGUCGUUUCCAAGACGUUUUCGAGCAUAUUUACUCAUAUGAAUUUAGACCUGAUACGACAGAUUGGCAAUUGGAACAAGAUAUGGAAUUAAAAGAAGAACAACAACAAGACGCUGACGCUGCCAGAGCUGUGAAAGAAGAAAAAUCCGAAGUAGAAGCAUAA